AAUUAUUUGCUUUUCUCUUUUUUAAAAUAUAAAAACCGAUCCUCUUCCUCUUCCAUUGCCACAAAUAAAAAGAAAAAAAAAGGAAGCAACUUUUUUCUCUCAAAAACCUCUCCUUUUUUUCUAAGAAGCUGCGUCAUCUCUACGAAUCCAUUCCUCCCUUUUGCUUCCUCCUCCGACGAUCAGUCUCCUUCCUCCAUCGCCGCGCGCGCGCUCCGUGGGACUCUGAGCUUGAAGCUUUGUGUAAUCCUCCAUGGGGCACAGACAUUUUCCUGGUUCAUCCCAAUUUUUUGAUGAUGAUGAACAUGAUCAAGGCUGGAAUCAUAUACACCCAGAGCAUCCAUAUACGAGUCUAGAAAGAUCUGGGACCAGUGAGAACAACAGACCGCAUGCUUAUCUAGCAGAAAACUUGUUGAGUGAAGGAGUGCCAGUUUCUUCACAUUGGAACUCUUCUACAGGACCAAAUGCCUACACUGCUCCAGGUCAUGGUGUGGAGAGGCCACAUUACAAUCCAGGCACUUCGGGCCCAUCCCAUGUUCCUUUCAUGAGCUCAGCAGUCUCUGCUCCACAUGAAACUUAUGUGACAUCUGCAUCUGCUUCGAACUGCAACAGCCAUACAUGGUCAAAUGAUAGCUAUGCUGAUCUACCUAUGGAAAAUAUGAGAGGAUCACUGAAGCGGAAAGCCCCAUAUGAUGCUUCCAACUAUGAAAUGGGUAGCUCAAGCCAGUACCACGGUGACAGAGCUUCCUCAGACAUGCAUUUCCCCUCGGAGUUGCACAUGGGAAAAUCAAUAACUCAUGAUCAUGAUCCUCAUUACAUGCCGUGGCCCAUGGACCCAACUCACAGAAGUAAUAAUCUCUCUAUCAGAGGAGAGAGUUCUUCAAGGAAUGUCCGGAGCCGUCCUACACUUGAUUUAGAGACGGGCCUUGAUUCUCAUCCUACACACCACAAUGUUGAGCAUCCUAGUUCAGGUCAGUUUCCUGGUCAGGCAUCUCACAGAGAUAAGGACUGGUGGAACUGUCCUAGACUCUCCCCUGUUCCCGGAGAUAUAAAUGGCUUUAGUCCAGAGACAAGUAACUUUCUUCCUGGGAGAAGUGUUGUUAACAACACAUCUGGUGAUACCUCUGGCUAUCACCAGGGGAUAACCGGAAACAGAAACUCUACAGCUUCACACUGUUUCCCCGGAACUUCAACGCAAUCUCCAAGCAGCUCCCGCUUCUCUCAUAGGUCAACACCUACCUAUAGAGCUUCAUCAAACGGUUUGCGGUUGGGACAUGUAGCAUCUUCUUCUGCAGACAGGUCUCAUUUUGUUAAUGAGACAUACCCUUCUAGGCAUCUAAGGCCACCACCUCACAUUUCAUGGCGUAGCAACGGUCGCCCAGGGAGACGCAGGAGUUCCUAUGAGAGGUUUCAGCCUCAUAUCGAUGAAGCUGCUCUCCAUGAACGGUUUUCAUCUCAGGGAUUUAUGGUUGUAGAUCACCAUCUGCAGCAUGGAUCCAGAAAUAUGCUUGAUCACCACAGAGACAUGAGGCUGGACAUAGAUGACAUGACCUAUGAGGAGCUUCUUGCGCUUGGAGAAAGGAUUGGGAGUGUCAACACUGGUCUAUCCAACAACUCAAUCUCCAGUUGCUUGUCAGAGACCACAUAUUACCCUUUGUAUCAAACGGAUGAGCUAAGAAAAUGUGCAAUCUGCCUGGAGGAGUACGUGGAAGGAGAAGAGUUAGGAGAGGUUAAAGGGUGUGGUCAUGACUACCAUGGUGGGUGCAUCAAGAAAUGGCUGUCUAUGAAGAACUCUUGCCCUAUCUGCAAAUCCCCUGCUUUACCAGAUGCUUCUUCUAAAAACCCAUAAUAAACUGUAUUUAGAUUAUUAGUUUACCUCCUUUGCUUUAUGGUUAUAUUUUCUGUGUGCAUGUUUUUUUUUUUAAAGAAAAACAAAAACAUAAGUUGUCUUAGUGAUGGGUUGUAAAUAGAAGGGAAAUCUUCUUUAUGACAAAGAGGUGAUAUUUCCCUUGACUUUCCCCUGAGGAUUGGUAAGCUCUUCUCAAGUUCUGUAA